UGUUUGGCCAAUCGAAGGCUCAGGCGUUGGUAAUGAGUUAAUAUUCAUCUGUCCUGUCUUCUGUUUUUAUUACAGAUAGACGCCAUAAAUGUCCCGGUAGAAAUACAGACAGAAACUAGGCCACUGACUGGAUUGGAUGACGAUGUCGUGGCUGUAUGAUGCUGCAUUUGUCGUCUUGGUGUGGACCGCCACAUCACAGGCACUUAACGUCACUGUUCUUGUGAUCCGUGAGCAUAAUGAAGAACCCGCAGCUCCACCCACAACACCCCAUGACGUCACUUCCUCUUCUACCACCUUCCGCAUCGUGGACGAUGUUGACAUUUUCAACUUUUGGGCGACAGAAUACCCCGCCCUGUCCGGCUGGCUGGUGGUGCUGGACACUCGGACAACGUCCUGUCCUCUGGACCUCUUCCACAACAACCUCUUGGGCUACAUAACGCUCCACCCGGGGACGUGCGGCGCGGAGAAUGAUACUUCCGUCUACCAAGUGCACACGACACCGUUUGACUACCGCGACGUGGUGGUAAAUGUGGCGAACUACACACAUUCCCCGAGUAACUCGGUCGCCUUUCUGUAUGAUGAAUCUGGAAGAGAGUACCACGAACAGAUCAGUCUGCGCAAAUUAAACCAUUUUCUGUUCCAACUCGAGCUGCCCCUGCCACGCGAUAACAUACCGGAAAUGCUGGCGAACCUGACCGUGAAGACCGAUGUCCGAUACGUGUUUCUGAUGGGAACAUCGGUGUCUUUAGGAGAUAUGCUCACACACGCACAUCGGUUGAACAUGUUGUCUGGGCGCUAUCACUGGCUGAUAUACUCCACAGACGGAAUCACACCCCACUGUAUCAGGGGCCACGAUCACACCAUCCUCUUCAUCAAAGACCUCCACAACACGGUAACUAUGGACAACGAACGCCGGCUGAUGGCUUUCACAGCUGACGUCAUCGAGGAGAUGCAUGACGUCAUAGCCGCCACGUCGGACCCUGUCUGUGACUGCACGUCGUCUUGUGAAUCCUGCAGAUCACUUUUCAACAGGUCGCUGAACAAGGUUAUGGAGGGUGAGACUCAGGUGUUUCGUCAAGACGACGGAGCUGGGAGUGAAGUGAAGUUUACACUUUCCAAAUACACCGGCAACGACACAACAAGUCUCUCAAAGGUGGCCACGUGGAGUGAAAGUGGUGGGGUGGAGUCGACCGAUCAGCUGUUUAACUGUGGUGUCAGGGGCGUGGUCCUCAGGGUGGCGGCUGUGGUGGAGCCUCCUUUCGUAUUCCGCAACUCCACCGGGGACUACUCUGGUUACAGUAUUGACGCCCUUGAGGCCAUUUCCAAAAUUAUCGGCUUUACCUACACCGUGAAGGAGUGCUAUGAUGGUCACUAUGGCAACAUGGACUCUAACAGCGUGUGGACUGGCUGCAUCAGGAACAUCGUCGACGGGGACUCGGACAUCAUAGCAGGCGCGCUGACAGUAACCGCGGACAGAGAAGAUGUGGUGGACUUCACCCUCCCCUACUACGACUUCGCGGGUAUACAGAUCGUCAUGAAGAAACAAAAUCGAGAAGUCAGCUUGUUUUACUUCGCUGACGUCUUCACCCCUCUGGCCUGGCUGUGUCUGGGCGUGGUCAUCGCAGUGACCAGCAUCAUGCUGCUGCUGUUUGACCGCUACACACCCACGAGGAGCAAGAACGCGACUGUGGAGGGAGUGGUGGCCAACGACAAGGCAUUCGACCUGAAAGAGAGCAUCUGGUUCGUGAUGGGAUCCCUUACCAUGUCCGGGGCAGGUGUUCCUCCUAAAAGUUUCCCCGCGCGCCUCCUGGUGGCCGGAUUCUGGUUUUUCUCUGUGAUCAUGAUGUCGACCUUCACCGCCAACCUCGCCGCCUUCCUCACCGUGUCGCGCAUGGGCAGUGCCAUCAACUCCAUGACUGAGCUGGCCUCGCAGUCCGACAUCAAGUACUCCGUGGUCGCCGAGUCCUCCGUCAUGACCUACUUCAAGCGGAUGGCUGCCAUUGAGGAGAGCUUCUACACCAUCUGGAAGGACAUGAGCAUGGGCGGUGGGAACAACAGUCUGGCAGUCUGGGACUACCCUCUCGGGGAUAAGUACGUCAAUAUUUGGAAAAACAUGGAGGACACCGGACUCUUCAACUCUACUGAGCAGGCUGUCAGCAGUGUGUUGGGUGGGGGCGUCGCGUUCAUCACAGACUCGCCCAUCAUCAAAUACCUGACGUACAGGAACUGUGAUCUCACGGCCAUCGGGGACUUGUUCAGCGUCAGGCCCUAUGCUUUCGCCCUCAAGGAGAAAUCCGUGUACACCAAGAAAAUAUCGUCAGCCAUCCUUGAGCUCCAGAAGAAGCGUCAGCUGGAGGCGUUCAAGAGACGCUGGUGGGACGAGGGCAAACUGAACUGUCCUGAGAGCUCCACCGACCAGGGCCUUGACCUAAAAUCUCUCACUGGAAGCUUCAUUGUGGUGGCUGUGGGGAUAUUGUCUGGGUUGCUCGUCCUGUCACUUGAGCACUUUUGGAAUAGGGUUUUAAAGAGGAAGCAGUCUCCUAUCACACAGGUGAAACCGACUGCCAGCAGUGGAAGCAAGUCAUCCCUGGGACUACCUGGCUCCGGCAACAUGCAGGUGACUGUCCUAGGGGCAACGAUCCUGAGAGACGAGCUGCACAGCAAGCCGGACAGCUAGACGCCGUUCCUGACUACUCCAGUUGUAGGCUAAAACAGCUAGGCUGUAGUUUGGAGCUCACAGAGCUGGAUGCUGAGUCUGACUACUCCAGUUGUAGGCUAACACAGCUAGGCUCCGAGCUCACUACUGCAGCUCACACAACUAGAUGCUGAGUCUCACUUCUACAGUUUGGAGCUCACACAACUAGAUGCUGAGUCUGACUACUGCAGUUUGGAGCUCACAAAGCUAGAUGCUGAGUCUCACUUUAGCAGUUUGGAGCUCACACAACUAGAUGCUGAGUCUGACUACUGCAGUUUGGAGCUCACAAAGCUAGAUGCUGAGUCUCACUUCUACAGUUUGGAGCUCACACAGCUAGAUGCUGAGUCUGACUACUGCAGUUUGGAGCUCACACAGCUAGAUGCUGAGUCUGACUACUGCAGAUUUGAGCUCACACAGCUAGAUGCUGAGUCUCACUUUAGCAGUUUGGAGCUCACACAGCCAGGUGCUGAGUCUCACUUUAGCAGUUUGGAGCUCACACAGCUAGAUGCUGGGUCUCACUUCUACAGUUUGGAGCUCACACAGCUAGAUGCUGAGUCUCACUUCUACAGUUUGGAGCUCACAAAGCUAGAUGCUGAGUCCGACUACUGAAGUUUGGAGCUCACACAGCUAGAUGCUGAGUCUCACUUCUACAGUUUGGAGCUCACACAACUAGAUGCUGAGUCCGACUACUGAAGUUUGGAGCUCACACAGCCAGGUGCUGAGUCUGACUACUGCAGAUUUGAGCUCACACAGCUAGAUGCUGAGUCUCACUUCUACAGUUUGGAGCUCACACAGCUAGAUGCUGAGUCUGACUACUGGAGUUUAGAGCUCACACAGCUAGAUGCUGAGUCUCACUUCUACAGUUUGGAGCUCACACAGCUAGAUGCCGAGUCUGACUACUGCAGUUUGGAGCUCACACAGCUAGAUGCUGAGUCUCACUUCUACAGUUUGGAGCUCACACAGCUAGAUGCUGAGUCUGACUACUGCAGUUUAGAGCUCACACAGCUAGAUGCCGAGUCUGACUACUGCAGUUUGGAGCUCACACAGCUAGAUGCUGAGUCUCACUUCUACAGUUUGGAGCUCACAUAGCUAGAUGCCGAGUCAGACUACUGCAGUUUGGAGCUCACACAGCUAGAUGCUGAGUCUCACUUCUUAAGUGGGGAGCUCACACAGCUAGAUGCUGAGUCUGACUACUGCAGUUUGGAGCUCACACAGCUAGAUGCUGAAUCUCACUUCUACAGUGGGGAGCUCACACAGCUAGAUGCCGAGUCUGACUAGAGUUUAGAGCUCACACAGCUAGAUGCUGAAUCUCACUUCUACAGUGGGGAGCUCACACAGCUAGAUGCUGAGUCUGACUACUGGAGUUUAGAGCUCACACAGCUAGAUGCUGAGUCUCACUUCUAAAGUGGGGAGCUCACAAAGCUAGAUGCUGAGUCUGACUACUGCAGUUUGGAGCUCACACAGCUAGAUGCUGAAUCUCACUUCUACAGUGGGGAGCUCACACAGCUAGAUGCCGAGUCUGACUACUGCAGAUAACGAGGAGCAGAACCGAUAUGAUUUCGAUUCUCAUGAAUAGGGUAUGCACUUCAGAGCACUUGUAUUCCUUCUCAAUAUGGUCAAUAUAUUCUGCAUUAUUUCAGCCAUGAAGAAUAUGUAAAUGAAUGAUUUAACAGCUGUGUCAGUAUUCACAUGACUGAUUUAAUUAGGACGGGUAGACAGAUGUCAUGGUCAGUGAAAUGUGUUCUUCUGCUUCUUGUAUGCCAAAUGGUUACUAACAGAACCAUACCCAUGACAUAUUCGCACUAUGCAAAUGCUCAAUCCACAUUCCCAUUUUGCAGUAUAUGUGAUGCACCUUUUAUGAUUCUUCUUAUCUUAAUGAAAGGCGACUAACGGGAUCGGGUGGUCAGGCUCGCUGACUUGGUUGAUACAUGCCAUCGAUCCCAAUUGCGUGGAUCGAUGCUCAUGAUAGCAAUCACUGGAUUGUCUGGCCCAGACUCGAUUAUUUACAGACCGCCGUCAUAUAGCUGGAAUAUUGCUGAGUGCGGGGUUAAACAAAAACCAACCAAAAAUCUUAUCUAAAUAUGUUGUUCAUCAUGCUAACAAUCUGAUAAUGGUGGCGGUGUGUUCGAGGUCAUCGUCAAAUGACGUUUGUGAAGUCAAGUGAAACUGUUAUGGUAGGUUCUCGAUUGGGGUUUCAAGAUAGUGAAUUUUAAUGUCAGAGCCUUAGAGGUUUUCAUACUGUCUUACACGAAUAAAACAAAACGCCAGAAGCAACUAGUUCAAAUAACAUUCUCUUAUGCCAAAUGAGGAACCCACUAGCAUAUUGGAGGAACAGAGAUCCACGUCAUCGUGUUUGCAAACAGGCAAGUCAUAUCCCAUCCAUCAUCAGCGGUCAUUUUGUCCACCGGAUAUACACCUCGUCAAAAGUAUCGCACCACCAAGAUUUUGUUUAUAAUCAGAAAAAGAGAUGGGUGAGAGGAAGCCGUUGAAUGUGAAAAAAGUGUUAGUGUCAAAUUAGAUAUUAUUUUUAUGAAUAAUAGGAAAAAUGUGCACUAGCUAAGAAGAAAGCAACAUCAUUCGGCAGUGACUACAAGGACUGCAAUUAAUAUAUUGCAGUAUAAGUAAAAGCAGUAUAAGUAUGGUAACUGUCAAUAUCUGGUGUUGCCAUCCUGCACCCAGAUCACGUCUACUCACGCUUAAAAUCAGACGCCUGAUCCUCAACUGAGGGAUGUGUUGCCAUUCCUAAUGCAAUGCCUGGGUCAGUUCUUGGGAGAUUCUGUACUGGAGAGUCCCUGGCUCUAAACCCUACGUCACAACUGAUCCCAUAGAUGCUUGAUUGGAUUCAGGUCUGGGCUUAGAGAAGGCCAAGGCAGACUCUCAAUGGCGUCGUUCUGGAGGUCAAUCGAAACUCUUGGUGUUGGUGUCGGACAGGACGUGUGACAAGUGCAUGGUUAUCAAAAUGAGGUACAACAAACCCGUCCAAUGUGUUAUCUUGGUACCUUUGUUCAUUUAAUGUCCCCAGAACUGUGACCAAAUCAAGUUUAUAAUCAAAGGAGCAACAUCCCCAUACCAUCACUGAGCCGCCAACAGUUUCCUGGAUGUUGGAUGACAACAUGUUCCCCCAAUUGCCUCCAGACAAGAGUUCAACAUCAGUGUAGUGAAAAAAAAGAAUCUCGGCUGCCCAAUGAAUCCUCCUCUGUAAGCUUAAGUUCCAGUGUGCUCGAAUCUGACACCAGGCUAAAUGGUACCGCGUGAGUUGGGGACAGAGGAUUGGACGUCUUAUUGGUCCUCUGGCACUGAAUCCUGCUGCAUUCCAUCGACGCCUGAUGGUGCCAGUGAUGACGAAGAACAGUGCAAGCUGAAGGUGGCAGCCGUUUUGCCUUCUGGCGUACAGGGACCCUGUCCUCUCUGGCACUGGUCUUCCGACGUCCUGAUCUCGGCAAGUCCCUCACAUGUCCAGUCAAUGUCUGUUUUUCAAUGAAUCGACUGAUUACAGUAUAAUUAAUGUUCAACGCGGUCCCAUAGCCUGACAUGACAUGCCAGUCUUGGUGCAUGCAAAUUAUUUGCCACCUUUGAUUUUCUGGGAUAGUAAACUUGGGCAUUUCAGUUACAAUUGUUCGAAUUUCUAAUUGGUAGAACUUUCAUAAAACAUAAUAGCAGUAAACACUCAUGAACUGUGUCAUAAAAAUUGAAGUUUCUAGAAGACAUCUUCGGCGUGCAUACAGCUUGCAUAAAUGCGCCAAGGUUGGGCAGUUACAAUGACAAGCAUUCCACAGGUAUAUGAUGUGUCCACACACUGUACUAUUCGAAAAUCUCUACAUUGAAAAUGUGCUGGCAAUUACACUUCAAAUGCAAUACUUUUGACGAGGUGUAUACAUAUCUUAAUUGUCUUCUAACAGGUCAUGGUCUAGUGGUAGAGCGUCCGCCCGGAGAGCGGAAGGUCCGGGGUUCGAUCCCCAGCAGCGUCAUACCAAAAGAUGGUACUUGUUGUUACCUUGUCUGGCGCUCGGCAUUAAGGGGCUAAA